CAUUAAGUAAAGAAUCCCUCAUUAUAGGAUGCAAUUUUGCUGUAAUGAAAUUCAUUUCAGCAGAUAAUUUAGUGUUUAAUCACCUUAAAUUCUUCUUAAUAGUAUUUCACCUUGUUUUUUUAAAAAAUUCCUCUCAGUCACUCCCUCUAAAUUCCAUUAGCUUUUUUAUUCUUUUAUUUUGUGACUUUUAAAAAAUAACAACUUUAUUGAGGUAUGAUUCACCCAUUUUAAAUGUACAAUUUUGUGGUUUUUAGAAUAUUCAGAUAUACAUAACCAUCACCACAGCCAAUUUUAGAACAUUUUCAUCACUUCAAAAAAAAAACCCUGUAUCCUUUAGCUGUUGUCUUCCUAUUUUCCCAUUCUCACUAUUCCUAAGGAAUAGCCACUAUUCUACUUUCUGUCUCUAUAGAGUUGCCUAUUCCCAGCAUCUCAUAUAAAUGGAGUAAUGUAAUAUGUGGUCUUUUGUUACUGGCUGUUUUCUUAGCAUAAGGUUUUCAAAGUUCAUCCAUGUUGCUGUAUCAGUCACUGAAGUGAGUAGUGAAUAUAGUAUGGACAAGGCAAUGGUUGAAUUUGCUACAAUGGAUCGGCAACUAAACCAUUAUGUAAAGGCUGUUCAAUCUACAAUAAAUCAUGUAAAAGAAGAACGUCCAGAAAAAAUACCAGAUUUAAAAUUAUUGGUGGAGAAGAAAUUUUUGGCUUUACAGAACAAGAAUUCAGAUGCAGACUUUCAAAAUAAUGAAAAAUUUGUACAGUUUAAACAACAGCUGAAAGAACUAAAGAAGCAAUAUGGUCUUCAAGCCGACAGAGAAGCUGACGGAACAGAAGGAGUGGAUGAAGAGAUGAUUGUGACCCAAAGUCAGACCAACUUCAUGUGCCCCAUUACACUGUUGGAAAUGAAGAAGCCAGUGAAAAAUAAAGUGUGUGGCCACACCUAUGAAGAGGAAGCCAUUGUUGGCAUUAUUGAGUCCAGGCACAAGCAGAAGAAAAAGGCCCGUUGCCCUAAAAUUGGCUGUAGCCACACGAAUGUAAGAAAGUCGGAUCUCAUCCAGGAUGAAGCACUUAGAAGGGCGAUUGAGAACCACAACAAGAGAAUGCAUCAUUCCGAAUAGGAAAAGCCACCUGCCCGCAGGGACACCAGCAGCCUACCUCCUACCUCAGCCGUCUGUUGAGAGCAGUGCUGGCCCCAGCAGUUAGGGACUGGCUGCAGAGCAUACUUGUUUGGGGUAAAACUUGAUGCUUUUAUGUGUGCUUGAAAACAUUUUUCUAAGUUACACAACAGAAAUGCAAGCAUAUUGUUUAUUUUUAAGUGUUCUAUAAUGUUAAAUAAAACUUUGAUCAUCUGCAGUGUC